AUGGAACAUUUCGACGUUCAAUACGUGUUAUUGUGUUUUUUAUUAAUAAAUGUUUUCAUAAAUCGUGUUAACUCCCAAUUUAUUGAUGAAGAUGAGGAGGAUAGUAACGAGGAUGAAACGGAGGAGGAGAAGGCCGAACGUAAAAGUAUUACAGAGGAUUCCUAUUUGACAGUGGAUAAAUUAAUUGCUAAAUAUGGGUAUCCAGCUGAAGUCCAUACUGUCACCACGGAUGAUGGUUACAUUUUAACCAUGCAUCGUAUACGUGGCAAACAAGGUGCUCAACCAUUUUUCUUGCAACAUGGUCUCGUUGAUAGCUCAGCAGGUUACGUUAUUAUGGGUCCAAACAUAAGUCUUGCCUACCUUCUUGCCGACCGCAACUACGAUGUAUGGAUGGGCAAUGCGCGUGGCAAUCGUUACUCCCGCAAUCACACCACCUUAGAUCCGGAAGGUAAAAAGUUCUGGGAAUUUAGUUGGCAUGAAAUUGGUGUUUACGAUCUGCCAGCCAUGAUUGAUUAUGUACUCAAAACCACUGGCUUUAAAAAGUUACAAUAUGCUGGCCAUUCUCAAGGUUGUACGGCAUUCUUUGUCAUGUGUUCCAUGAGACCAGAAUACAACAAUAAAAUUAUUAUGAUGCAGGCCAUGGCACCGGCAGUGUAUGCCAGAGAGACAGAGGAACAUCCCUAUAUAAGAGCCAUCAAUUUGUACUUUAAUAGUUUGGUGGGCAGUUCUAUAACGGAAAUGUUUAAUGGUGAAUUUCGUUUUCUGUGUCGCAUGACCGAGGAAACGGAGAGGCUGUGCAUAGAGGCGGUGUUUGGAAUAGUGGGACGCAAUUGGGGAGAAUUUAAUAGGAAAAUGUUUCCCGUUAUCUUGGGCCAUUAUCCGGCUGGUGUGGCCGCCAAACAGGUCAAACAUUUUAUACAAAUUAUCAAAACUGGCAAAUUUGCUCCCUACAGUUAUAGUUCCAAUAAAAAUAUGUUGCUGUAUAAGGAACGUGAACCUCCACGCUAUAACUUGACGGCGGUAACAGUACCCACUUAUGUUUAUUAUUCAUCCAAUGAUCUGCUCUGUCAUCCCUCAGAUGUGGAGGACAUGUAUAACGAUUUAGGUCGGCCCUUGGGCAAAUAUUUGGUGCCUCAAAAAGAAUUCAAUCAUAUGGAUUUCUUGUGGGCUUUAAAUGUUAGAAAACUGGUGUACACCAGAAUGCUGCAAGUAUUGGCUGGCAAGACUGUUAAGGAGAGACGUGAUAAUGUGAGUGUAUAUCCUACAGUGGGAAAAGAAGCUUCGAAAGAAUUGCUGAUUGAAAAAGCAGGGAUUUAGUGAAAUGCUAAUAUUUUCGAAUUAGUUUUUUAAGUAUUUAUUGUUUAUUUGUAAGUAUUUAUUUUAUUUAUAUGCAAAGAAUAAAAGAAAAUUUUUAAACCAAAAAAA